ACUCAACUGGGCAUGGUUCGCACUUCAACGAGUCCUUUUCGAUUUCGGCUCUCUCUCUCUUUCGUUGCCAAAAGCUCACCAUGCUUCGGCUGCGAGCAUCCUUCUACGUUCGCAAAUCGCACUGUAAUAUUUAUAGCGCAGACUGUGAGGAAAAUCUUCAGUCGUUGACGGCUCUGUGAUGUGCGAAUUACCAUUUUAACGGGAAAUUGUGACAAACGAAGUGUCUGACAAACAAAUAUAAUAUUGAAAUAAUGAAUAUAUAAAAACCAAAAAUAUAAAAAAACGGUAAUUUUCCGUUGGUGAAAGUUUUCGUCGGUUCGGCCACUUGAAAAUUUAAAUUCAGAAAAGCGAAAUUAUUGAGAAAUUUUAAACUAACAGUGAAAACUAAAACGGUAACGGAAACAAUAGAAAAAUUAAGAAUUAACGCAAAUAAAAACAAAAUAAAAAUAAAAUAAGAAAAACAAAUUCGCAGCGAAUUGAUAUGAAGUGAGAAGGGAAGUGCGCAUGCAAAUGAGUUGAAAAGUUUUCCCCAGUUGCCCAGUUGAAGCCUUGCGCAAAGCUCGUUGUGGACAGUUUGCCGCUGCAUUAAAGUCACUGAUAAAAUAGCGGAAGCGUAGCAUUUCCGCUCACCUAAAAACAAAGCAACAAAUGAAAAAAUAAAAUAAAAGAAAAUAAAAUAAAAAUGAAGUGAAGUGAAGCCGGAAAAUCGCUGAAACCGUAACGACCCAACGGUGUAUGUGUGUGUGCGAGUGUGAAAUGCAACGGUAAAAACACAAGGUCAUGAAUUCACGUUUUGCUGUGUGUGCGUGCAAUCGCCGUUAAGUCAGUCCCCGUCAUUCUGUCGCUUAUCGCUUGUUCCGUGUGCCUACACCCGGUGCGGCUCAAUAAAGUUACGAAAAUCCUUUUCGACGUCGACGUCGGCGAGCGGCGGACAAUUCGCGCUUAACUGCACAAACGACGCAACAAGUGGGACGGGGUUUGAGCUCUACGUUUUAUUGCCCUGAAAUGGGUGCAAUGUGAACAACAAGGAAAAGUCGAAACACAAAUACGCCGAAACGUAACUGCAGGCAAAAGAAAGGAAGAGUGGGUGUAUAACGCAGAGUUCACUUGAUCAACCGAUUAACCAACACAGCAAUUCAAAAUGUAUGGAUUCGUUAAUUACGCCUUGGAGCUGCUGGUGCUGAAGAACUUCGGCGAAGAAAUAUGGGACCAAAUAAAGAAAAAAGCGAUGGUCAGCAUGGAAGGUCAGUUUUUGGUGCGCCAAACAUAUGAUGAUGAAAUCACCUACAAUCUCAUUGGCGCAGCGGUGGAGAUUUUGCAUAUACCAGCUGAUGAUAUACUGGAGCUUUUCGGUAAAACCUUUUUCGAGUUCUGCCAGGAUUCGGGCUAUGACAAAAUUCUGCAAGUGCUUGGCGCCACACCGCGCGACUUUCUGCAGAACUUGGAUGCACUGCAUGACCAUCUGGGCACCCUUUACCCCGGCAUGAGGGCACCUUCAUUUCGUUGUACGGAGAAAGAUGGCUCGCUGCUGUUGCACUACUACUCGGAGCGCCCCGGUUUGGAGCACAUCGUCAUUGGUAUUGUUAAGGCGGUGGCAUCCAAAUUGCAUGGCGUUGAGGUGGAAAUUGAGAUCGUCAAACGGAAAGGUGAUCCCAUCGAUGAGGAGGACCGCACAGAUGUGUUUACGCAGCAGCAACAACAACAACAGCAGCAGCAAUCAAGUAGCACAAUAACAACUGGAGAUCUACCAGAAGAGAAUAACAAUCACAAUAACACCAAUAAUAAUGCCAGCAAUAACAAUAACAACGAAACCGAGGCAGAUGACGAUGACGAUGUGGUUGUGUUAUCAGCCGCAGAUGUUAGCAAUAAAAAGCAAGCUCGUUGUCCUUUUGGCCGCACCAAAUCCCACUCGGCCUCGUCGAUGAGCAGCAGUGGUGGCGGCGGUGGUGGUGGCGGUGCCAAGCAGACGGAUAGUUUCGACAGCGACCCCGACAAACAGGAGCAGAAAUGCCUGCGUUUGCUGAAGAACAAGAGCGACGACAUCGAACGCUACGAUCAUGUGCAGUUCCUCAUAAGGGAGAUCGGCACCAGCAGCAGCAAUGCAGCGGGCGCUGGCGCUGGCAAUGCGACCGCCACGACAUCGUUGGCCUCGUCGGCGAGCGGGGAUGAGCGCACGAUAGCCACGUGCCGGGAGGAGGCCAAAGAGCCGCCGGAUGAGAUCGACUUUUUGUGUGAAGGUGAGGAAGAGUCAGAGUGCACAAGCACUGCUAGCAAAGAGAUUGAUCUGCCGGAUGAAGUGUAUUUUAUGAGCGAAGCGCCGCUUAUCUCGCCCGCCACAUUCUGCAAGGUGUUCCCAUUCCAUCUGAUGUUCGAUCGGCAAAUGAAAAUUGUGCAGGCCGGUAAAUCCGUUUCGCGCGUCAUACCAAGAGUUGCUGUGGAAAACUGUUCCAUAUUGGAGGUGCUCGAGGCCAUACGCCCGCAUUUACAGUUGAGUUUCGAGAACAUCUUGUCGCACAUCAACACGAUUUAUGUACUGCAGACGCGUCAAGGGGCGAUGGGCAAACACGAACGGUAUCUGAGAUUAAAGGGUCAAAUGAUGUACAUACCAGAGUCCGAUCGUAUAUUGUUUCAGUGCUAUCCCAGCGUCAUGAAUCUGGAUGAUUUGACAAAAAAGGGGCUCUACAUCUCCGACGUCCCACUGCACGAUGCCACACGGGAUUUGGUGCUGCUCUCUGAAAAAUUCGAAGCUGAGUAUAAAUUGACGAAGAAUCUGGAGCUGCUCACCGAUAAGCUGCAACAGACCUACAGGGACUUGGAAAGUGAAAAGCAGAAAACUGACAGGCUUCUCUACUCGGUGCUACCCAAAUCGGUGGCCAAUGAGCUGCGGCACCAACGCCCCGUGCCGCCUAAACGUUAUGAUUCGGUGACGCUGAUGUUUUCCGGGAUCGUGGGCUUCGGCAAAUACUGCGCUGAGAAUACGGAUGCUGAGGGUGCCAUGAAAAUCGUAAAAAUGCUGAAUGAACUGUACACGGUCUUUGAUGCGCUCACAGAUUCCAAGCGAAAUCCAAAUGUUUAUAAGGUGGAGACUGUUGGCGACAAGUACAUGGCUGUGUCGGGCUUACCCGACCACUGUGAGGACCAUGCCAAAUGCAUCGCUCGAUUGGCGCUGGACAUGAUGGACAUGGCCAAGAAUGUGAAAAUGGGCUCAAAUCCGGUGCAAGUGACAAUUGGCAUCCAUUCGGGCGAGGUGGUGACCGGCGUUAUCGGUAAUCGUGUGCCGCGCUACUGUCUCUUUGGCAACACGGUGAACCUGACAAGCCGCACAGAGACCACGGGAGUGCCAGGACGCAUCAACGUCAGCGAGGAAACUUAUCGAUUGCUCUGCCAGGAGAUUAACCAUGAUGAUUCAUUCAAUCUCGAAUACCGUGGCCCAGUCGUGAUGAAAGGUAAACCGACACCGAUGGAUUGUUGGUUCCUAACACGCAACACUUUGGCGACAGCAACACGCGUCAGCGUAACCGACUCGCUGUUGCCACCGAGCACGCCACCGCCAUCAUCGGCGGCAGCAAACGUGAAACCACCCAGCAGCAACAACGCAGCAGGGAUCGUCUGCAACAUAAACGAAUCGACUGCCGCAACUGUUGCGGCGGCUACUCAGUCAUUAUGCACAGCAGAGGAUGGCGCUGCAACAAGUCAAGCACCUCUGGCAACGCCACACACAAACACUUUCUCGCCCACAUCGCCGGCUUCAUCAUCCUCCUCCUCGGCCGUCACAGUGGCAAGUGGCGGCGUCGUCGCAACCGCCGUAACCGACACCAACAUUGAUGCGCCAGCUGUUGCUAUUGCGCCACCUGCUGAAAUGACAUAGGAAAUGUGCAACGACUCGUCAUGUUGCUGCUGAAAUAUACUUUAAGUACGGGGCGGGGGCGGAGAGGAAAAGAUUGCAAGCACAUAAAGUGAGCUCGGUGCAGAUUAGAUUGGAUUGGCUUGAAUUGCAUUGGUUUAGAUUGCAAAGCAGCUAGCUGCUGAGGGGUGCAGAGCACUGAAUCUACGCAGCACAUAAAAGGCGUAGUCCGGAGGCCAUCUUACAACUAUCCACCUUUCAACUCUCUCAUCUCACUCUUGUGCUUUAAGUUUGAAACGUCGCACAUGGGAGCUAUCACAAGGCGAACCAAAGGACAUUUAUGGGCUUUCUAAAGUAUAGACUUAUAAUUUAAAUCAUUCAUUUAUCACAUAUACCUACAUAUUUCUAAAUGAUAAUACACCCGUACCUAGCAUAUUGUACUGUUAUUAUAAACACUUGCAACCAACUGCCUUCUAAAGUGAGUUCAGAAGAAAAACAAUUGUGAGGCACAAGUAUUAUUUAGAGUAAAUAAAUUAGUAGAGAAUCCCCUAUUUUGAAAUCGCCUCCCCACAUGAAUUAUCCAACUGCUCAUAUCUCAAACUCAACGGGUAUGACAUCUAGUAUUCCAAAAGGUUUCUUCAUAAACAAAGAGCUAACAAGCACAAAGGAUAUUUAAGUCACAAAAAUCAUAGAUUUGAAGAGUCUCUUACUAAAAAGCAUGUAGUUCUAAGCAAAUGCAGUAGAUAAAUAAAAAUGAAAAUAAGCAAAGCAACACUCUUAUAUAUUAAUAAUAUAUAUAUGUAUAUGUAUAUGGUAUGUAUUGUAGAUAAUUGUAAACCUUUUCCAAACGCAAUCUAUUAAAGCAAAUAUUCUAAUUGAAACUGCGCUAUAAGAAGUAAAAUAAAAGUGAAAAUAUUUAAUAUUAUAGUAACUACACACAACUACACUGAAAUGAAACCCUAAUCAAUUAGCGAAUGCUAAAAGACAACAACAAUUAAGAUGUAAGGCGAGCCAGUGAAAAGGAGUAUAGAGGGUGUUACAAUACGUACUUGUUUAAGCUAGCUGAAUUUAAUCAUAUUACACAGUUUGGAAAUGGAAAGUCUUGUAAAUUCGUGUUUUUCGGAAGUACUUAAUUCUGGGCAACGUAAGCAAUUCUUGUAGUUAAUAAAUAUUGAUUGUUUGACACACACACACUUAGAUACAGGUGGAAAGCAAUGGCAAUGUAUGUAUGUAUAAAAUGUAAUCUACACGUUUGUGCAAAUAUUUUAGGCUAUUUAAAUGUACACAACUGCUAACUAACACACAUACAUAUAUACCUACCUACCUAUAUAUGUACAUAUGUACAAGGGUAUGUACAUAACAUAACUAUUUAAUAAAGAAACAUAAAGGCGUUUAUCAACUGAUGAAAAUAGCUUUAUAGAUAUUUAAGCUGUCACUUGAACAUUCACACAAUUACUCGUACUCAGCACACACACAAGCUCACAUACGAACACUAUAUAAAUACAAAAUAUAUACAAAUUCAGAAAUAUAAAGUGAAAAAACACUGAUCUGAAGGGGUUAAAGUGACCUCGGAUUCGGAUUCAGCGAACCCAAAAACACAAGGUACACAUAGUAAGAUCCCCAGAUCAUAACAUUUUGUUUGUAUGGCUGUGUAAUUCAGCUAGAUUCUCUUCAACAUUUUAUGAUUUUAUAUAUUUUACAUAGAUCUGACAGAAAUUAUCAUCGAUUAUUAACUCCCUCAUAUAAUUAAUUUAUUCUGACAACCGAAAAAGUGACGAAUUCAAACGAAAACACCACUUCAAUACCCGCCUGCAACCGCAGCUGGCGUCGGGAGUCAAGCCCACUACUGCCUUCAGAUAAUUAUUCUCACACACAAUUGCAAAUUUUGUCUAACUCAUUUUGCCCUCUCCUAAUUGUUCGGGGGAACUUUCUAAGCGUUUCAUUUAAGUUUUUGAUAAGUUUGUCGCAGUCUUAAUUGCUUGGAGCUUUCCGUUGGUCUACACGCUGCGCUCUCCUGCUUCGCUCCGCUGAAAACUUUCGUAUUAUUUCAACAAUUGCGAAUGCCAAGCACAACACAAAAAAAACUGGAAAAUAUGAAUUUUAAAUAUUACCAACUAAGUGUAUUGAAUUUACGUUAGUUGCAUAAGAAUGGGAACAAGAACAGAAGUGUUCAAGUCUAAACUCUAGUGAAUGAAUAUUGUAAGCGUAGAAAAUGCAACGUUGCAGUUGGAAGUUUAUGUCUGUAUAAAUAAGGAAUUAUUGUAAACUGAAAAUGUAAUAAACUUUAUUCUUGAGAAACAAAAAAACUCCAAUGCAAAGGCAUAUACCAAUAAAGGGCUAAAUUCACUUAAAACACAGGAAAAAUGUAGUUUUAAUACUUUAGUGAAGCUAAUCAAGUCGGUAAGCUCAUUUAAGAGAGGAUUUACUAUCUUAAAACGAAAGUUAGAGAGAUAUAUUGCUAUGGAUUGUGGUUUUCGGCCAACUUGACGACCCCAAUCAUUACACACCACAUUGCGGCCUCCAAUGGUUCCUUUUUCAUGAAACGCGUAAUCUACAAGAGAACUCUAAAAUAUCGAGUUGGAUUCAUAAGUUGAGACGUUGAUAUCUUCAAGAUGUAAUUUUCACUACUAGAAGAAUGGUUUGCCUAUUACUCUACAUAUGAGCUCAUAUCUCGGCUUUCAAUGUUAACUUACCACAUUUAGAUCCGGAUUCACAAAACCGUAGUCUUUAGAAAUAAAACCAGGCAAGUAUUAAUAACUUAUUCUUUAAUGACACUGUUUAUUUGCUCAGAAGGUAUAAAAUAUUUGUUAAGAAGAAAUGGACAAUCUACAAACUACUCUGAACACUUGGAACAGUAAAAAAAUUGUGAUGGAAAGAUUGUCAGGACCAUUAAUAACGGUAUUUGGCUAUGAGUUUGUACAUAUGGAUGUUAUGAUUAUUUAUGUGUAGACUUUGAUACUUUUUUUAUUCUGGAUACUUGAGUGGUUUAUACACAUUAAAGGUAGGAUAUUUUUUGUAUUUUUAUUGUUAAACUUAAAAACAAAUGUCAAAGUGCAAAUAAUAUAUUUUUAAUAUAAAACAGUAUUAACUUAGUGUUGGGUUGACGGCGAGAGUGAACACUACAAGCACUGGGUUCUUAGCCAGCAUGUACGAG